CUAGAUUAGGAAAGGCGCGUGCAAAAGCUUGCGAUAUAGAUUGAGCAAAUAGUGGCUUCCUAUCGAGCUAUGCAGGUCGAGAAUUGCAUCUCGCCAGCGAGUGAUCUCUCCAAGAAAUGUAUGAAUGUGGGCAGUGGCUUUUCCAGCGCCGACGGAUCAGAGCUUUCACUACGGGACCAUCCUAUUAUAUCCGCAAGUGACAACCUGGAGAGAAGUUCACCUCUGAAAAAAAACUCUAGGGAGAUGACGAAUCAGUCAGAGGCAGACGAUUUUCCUGACUCCAAGGACGCAUCGGGGGACGUCCAGAGGGGCAAACUCUCUCCUGGUCUACUCGGAGUCUCUGACAUCCGUCAUAAUUUCGAUGGAUCUGCAGGAGAAAGGUGCAUCUUUUCUCCAUCUACCCAGCCACAGUCAGUCUCAGCAGCUCCCGGUGCCAUGUUCCCGUACCCGACCCAGCAUGGACCAGCGCACCCGGCUUUUUCGAUCGGAAGUCCCAGCCGCUACAUGGCCCAUCACCCGGUCAUAACUAACGGAGCGUACAACAGCCUUCUGACCAACACGUCCCCGCAAGGCUACCCGGCGGCGGGCUACCCGUACGCGCAGCAGUACGGGCACACUUACCAGGGAGGGGCUUUUUACCAGUUCUCCACGGCACAAGCGGGACUGAUUCCGGGGAAAGCGCAGGUGUAUUUGUGCAACAGGGCCCUGUGGCUGAAGUUCCACAGGCACCAAACGGAGAUGAUCAUCACGAAGCAAGGACGACGAAUGUUCCCAUUUUUAAGCUUCAACAUUUCUGGCCUUGACCCAACUGCUCACUACAAUAUAUUUGUGGAUGUAAUACUUGCCGAUCCAAAUCACUGGCGAUUUCAAGGAGGAAAGUGGGUGCCAUGUGGAAAGGCAGACACAAAUGUGACAGGAAAUAGGGUUUACAUGCACCCGGAUUCGCCCAAUACCGGAGCGCACUGGAUGCGUCAAGAAAUAUCCUUUGGAAAGCUAAAGCUCACCAACAACAAAGGUGCCUCCAACAACACAGGACAGAUGGUGGUUCUGCAGUCUCUCCACAAGUACCAGCCCAGGCUCCAUGUGGUGGAAGUAAACGAGGACGGGACAGAGGACACCAGCCAGCCAGGAAGAGUCCAGACUUUCACCUUCACAGAGACGCAAUUCAUCGCCGUCACAGCUUACCAGAACACCGACAUUACGCAACUGAAAAUCGAUCACAAUCCGUUUGCUAAAGGAUUUCGGGACAAUUACGACACUGUCUACACAGGCUGCGACAUCGACCGCCUAACUCCAUCACCGGGUGACUCUCCGCGUUCACAGAUCGUGCCGGGUGCGAGAUAUGCCAUGCCUAGCUCUUUCCUGCAGGACCAAUUUGUCAGCACUUAUGCCAAAUCUCGCUUUCACCCUGGCGUGGGGACCGGCCCUGGCACGGAGCGCAGCGUCCCACUCGGCAACAGCUUGCUCUCCCCGCAGCAAACCGACGAGCCCACUGUUGCCACCCCCCCGCAGCGAUGGUUUGUCACCCCUGCCAACAACCGACUGGACUUUGCUGCCUCGGCAUACGACGCCGCCGAUUUCGCCGGCAACGCGGCCACCUUGCUGUCCUACGCAGCGGCCGGAGUGAAGGCUCUUCCCCUGCCGACUGCAGGCUGCUCCAACCGGGCCCUUGGCUAUUACGCGGACCCGUCGGGCUGGGGAGGACGCACGCCGCCGCAGUACUGCGGCGUCAACAGCAAAUCCAGCCCGGUCUUUUCCUGCUGGCCCGCAAACUCUAUCGGUGGCAGAGCAGGCACCAACUACCUGGCCGAGGAGGGGGACUCCAUCACGACGGAGAGGUCGCCGAUCGUCGGCUCGGACGAGAGCAAAGCCAAAGACAUGACGUCCGAGUCGAGCUGGAUAGAGACGCCGUCCUCCAUUAAGUCAAUUGAUUCAAGCGAUUCUGGUAUCUUUGAACAGGCUAAGAGGAGAAGGAUCUCACCUUCUGCCACGCCGGUUUCUGAGACAGUGUCCCCGUUAAAGUCUGAGCUGCUGGCACCGAGAGAGUAUGGCGAUAACUGCAGGUCCUGUAUUCAAACUGCUUCUCAUAGGUUGUCUCUUUAGGAGGAAGAUGGACACCGCGGACCGAGGUGCUCAGAUAGAGCCGCUGCUGCCGAGGACACAGCGGGAGGGCUCAUGCAUUCUAAAAACUUGGAGGCUCCUCCGCUCUUCAAAUACCAGAGGAAUGAUGAUGAGGCGGUGGUGGACCGAGGAGGAUCGCGGUCCCAGCAGGGCACCAUCUUUGGCGAGGAGGAUCUUGAAGGCCACAGGACGCUCUACAUCGGUGUCCACGUGCCCUUGGGCAGUACCAGGCGCCGCAGCCACCGCAGGCACCACGGGAGCAAACACCGGAGAAGGAGCAGGGACCGGGCCCCCUCCUUGGUGGAGGGGAGAGAGUCUCCCGUUUAUGACACUCCCUCCCAGAGAGUCCAGUUCCUGCUGGGCACCGAGGAUGAUGAUGAGGAGCAUACUCCUCAUGACCUCUUCACGGAGAUGGAUGAAAUCUGCGUGCGCAACGGAGAAGAUCCUGAGUGGAGGGAAAGCGCCAGGUGGCUGAAGUUCGAGGAGGACGUGGAGGACGGAGGGGAGCGAUGGAGUAAACCCUACGUAGCCACUCUGUCUCUGCACAGCCUGUUUGAGCUGCGAAGCUGCAUCAUGAACAGCACCGUGCUUCUCGACAUGAGGGCUGAUACCCUUGAAGAGAUCGCAGACAUGGUCUUGGACCACCAGGAUUUGUUCUCACCGCUGGGAGACGAGCUCAGAAAGAGGGUGCGAGAGACGCUGCUGAAGCAGCACCAUCACCAGAACCAGAAGAAGCUGGCCAAUCGCCUGCCGAUUGUCCGCUCCAUCGCUGACAUGGGGCGGGUGGACAAGAAUGAUCAGAUGACGGCGUCCCAGUCUCAGUUAGCGUGUCCAGACGGUAAAGGGGACUUGAGUAGAGAGAACACGUCUGUGGAUUUCAGCAAGAUAGACCUUCAUUUCAUGAAGAAGAUCCCAGCGGGGGCCGAGGCGUGUAACGUGUUAGUGGGAGAGCUGGAGUCUCUGAACAAGCCGGUGGUUGCGUUUGUCCGCCUUUCUCCGGCGGUCCUGCUCAGCGGCCUCGCUGAAGUCCCCAUCGUCACAAGGUUUCUGUUUAUUCUUUUAGGGCCCUUGGGCAGAGGGCCUCAGUAUCAUGAGAUUGGAAGGUCCAUUGCAACACUUAUGACGGAUGAGGUGUUCAGCGAUGUUGCUUAUAAAGCAAAAGACCGAAAUGAUCUGAUCGCUGGGAUUGAUGAAUUCCUCGAUCAGGUGACAGUCCUGCCUCCGGGAGAGUGGGACCCGUCCAUACGGAUAGAACCACCAAAAAACGUACCGUCUCAGGAGAAUAGAAAGAAAUGUAAAAUUUUACCAAAUGGAUUAGUCGAGGGCGAUGAGGAAGCGGAGGAAGGAGGCCAUGGGGGUCCAGAACUGCAGCGAACUGGAAGGUGGUUUGGUGGUCUUUUCCUGGACAUCAAGCGCAAGGCGCCCCACUACCUGUCCGACUACACUGACGCUUUUAGUUUACAGUGUGUGGCCUCUUUCCUAUUUCUCUACUGUGCCUGCAUGUCUCCUGUGAUCACCUUUGGAGGGCUGCUGGGCGAGGCAACGGAAGGACGCAUAAGUGCAAUUGAGUCACUUUUUGGAGCCUCACUGACUGGAAUAGCCUAUUCUCUGUUUGCCGGGCAGCCCUUAACCAUUCUGGGCAGCACUGGGCCGGUGCUUGUUUUUGAAAAGAUAUUGUUCAAAUUCUGCAAGGAGUAUGACCUGUCCUACCUGUCUCUGAGAACCUGCAUUGGUCUCUGGACUGCGGUCCUCUGCAUCAUUCUGGUGGCUACAGAUGCCAGCUCCCUCGUUUGUUACAUCACGCGUUUUACAGAGGAAGCCUUCGCCUCACUCAUCUGCAUCAUCUUCAUCUACGAGGCCUUGGAGAAACUUGUCCACCUGGGAGACCACUAUCCCUUUAACAAGAACAACAACCUCGACAGGCUCACCAUGUACUCAUGUUCAUGCGUUGAGCCUUCUGACCCCACCAAUGCCACCCUGAAGUAUUGGGAGAGCACCAACGUCACUGCCUCAGAAAUCUACUGGGAGGCACUGGAGACCAAGGAUUGUAUUGAAAAGCGCGGGGAGUUUGUGGGCACCGCCUGCAGCCCCACUGGACCAUACGUCCCCGAUGUCCUCUUCUGGUGUGUCCUUCUCUUCUUUUCCACCGUCAUCAUGUCCGCCUUCCUUAAAGAGUUCAAGUUCAGCAAUUACUUUCCCACAAAGGUGAGAUCCAUCAUCAGCGACUUUGCAGUUUGCCUCACCAUCCUAACCAUGGUCUUGGUUGACAACGCUUUAGGAAUCCCCUCGCCAAAGCUAAAGGUUCCGAGUGUGUUUAAGCCAACCAGAGAUGAUAGAGGUUGGUUCAUUAACCCUCUAGGGCCCAACCCCUGGUGGACCACAAUCAUCACCGUGUUCCCAGCCCUGCUGUGCACCAUCCUCAUCUUCAUGGACCAGCAGAUCACAGCUGUCAUUAUCAAUAGGAAGGAACACAAACUCAAAAAAGGCUGCGGGUACCACUUGGACCUGUUCAUGGUGGGGGUGAUGCUGGGCGUGUGCUCUUUGAUGGGCUUGCCCUGGUUCGUAGCAGCCACCGUCCUCUCCAUAAGUCACGUUAACAGCCUGAAGCUGGAGUCCGAGUGCUCGGCCCCCGGGGAGCAGCCCAAGUUCCUCGGCAUCAGAGAGCAGCGCUUUACCGGCCUCAUGAUCUUCACCCUCAUGGGCUGCUCCGUCUUCAUGACAUCCGUGCUGAAGUUCAUUCCUAUGCCUGUACUGUAUGGAGUAUUCCUUUACAUGGGGGCUUCUUCUCUCAGAGGCAUUCAGUUCUUUGAUCGUCUCCGGCUGUUUGGCAUGCCAGCCAAGCACCAGCCGGACUUCAUCUAUCUCCGCCACGUGCCCCUGAGGAAGGUGCACCUCUUCACCAUCAUCCAGCUCAGCUGUUUGGUUCUGCUCUGGGUCAUCAAGACCUCCAAAGCGGCGAUUGUCUUUCCCAUGAUGGUGUUGGCUCUGGUGUUUAUCAGGAAGCUGUUGGACUGUUUCUUUAGCAAGAGAGAGAUGAGCUGGCUGGAUGACCUCAUGCCAGAGAGCAAGAAGAAGAAGAUAGAGGAUGCUGAAGAGGAGGAGGAGCAGAGUAUUCUGGCAGAAGACGAGGGAAUUGUGCAAGUGCCAUUACAAGAGAACAAGGGAAUACCCAUCAUCAAUAUUACAGAUGAAAUAUCUAAAGGGUCUUUUGGAAAUACAUGGACUGCCAACAGCUAAGAUGUUUUUGAAAGACUCAAGACCUCAAAACAUUAUGGUAAGAGUUUUUGCAUUGUUGAAUACACCAAAAGUUUACAGUUGGUUUGCAAAGAAAAUACAAAACAUGAAGGUUAUUUGUGUGAAAUGCAAAAGCAUUUUGAAAAUACAAACAAAAUAAUCGUAUGCACUUUUAGCUUCAUCAUAAUUAAGUCUCCACUUUGUGGGGACUAAUAAGCUGUGAUUCAAAUACAGUGAGGACGUAGUGCUACACAACAUUUACAAUGUCACCUGCCAUCAGAUCAUCACAGGAACUCAUUACAUGAGAGCAGAGCAAAGAUCAGAUACGUCCUUUUUAUUUAACUCCAGUACAGACUGCAAUGUUUAGUUUAGCUGUUUAGGCAUUUUGACAGCCAUAAGGCGUUUAACAUUUAGGUCCACCAGCCGGUAAGCUAAUAAAUAUCACCUAAUUGCAUCUCUGUGUUUUCUUUCUUGAUUCUCAGUUUCAAUACUACGUGUUUCACAAUGCUUGUGUGCAUGAUGAGAAAUGUAAGAUGCAGAAAAUUGAGGAGAGUGUUGUGAGUCUCUAUCGCCGGUUCGUCUGUGUGCUCAUAAAUAAAUCUGUAUUGUAAUCAAUCCUUGUGUGUAGUCUUGUUGUGCGUUAAGUGAAUGACUCUGUUAUCUGAUGUGUUGCAAAUAUUCUGCCUCUGCAAUGAUGAUCCAAUGAAACCUUCUAUUUCGUCUGUUGUACUUUUUAUUUCUAGAAACUGUUUUACUGCACCAAAUGUUAACCUCUGUCUUGCUAAUAGAUUUUGAUAAUGGAUACAUUUGUAUUCAUUCUGUUUAAUACUUUUGAUUUUAAAAUAUAAUAAUAUUAACAUUCAGCAUGUCCCGUUUGCAUUGAGAUUUUAUUUCGAGGACGCCAUUUUAAGUUUCUAAUAAUGGCGAUAAUUUACAGGAAUGAGUGCUUUGAUGUAUUUAACAUUGAUUCAAAUACAAGAUAUUUUCUGCUACAUUAUUUAUCUAUAUUUAUUUUGUGUAAUAAAAUGUUUGCAAGAUAAUACAUUGCAUUCCUACAGAGAGUUACAGUAUUUUGCCUCUAGGUGUCAGUGUAUUGCUUGUGUUAUAAAUGUACAUUUAAAUAAUCUCAUUAUUUGUUUUAAUGUUUGUAUAGUUUAGGGAAUCAUGAAUUGAAAAGCAUCAAAGUCAGAGAUGCAAUUUUGUGAUGUAUCCGAGGAUUCAAAUGAAGCUGUAAUACUGUUAUUUAAAAAAAUGUGAUGGGUUUAUGUUAUUUUAAAAGAACGAGCAAUGUGCUUAUUUUUAAAAAUACUUUUGAAACACAAUUUUAUUAUUUGUAUCUUCUCAAUGUUAUCUUACCUUAAUAAAUUUCUUUGAGCACC